AUGUCAGAACCUGUACAGAAGGGCGAGAUCGAUCUCAAGUCGCUCGACCAGGCGCUCAACGAUGGCGAAGCUGCCUCCGAAGUGCCCGCCGAAACGCUGCAGAGGAAUUCGGACACUUUAGCGCAACCACCUGCCGAUGAUCGGUCCCUGGUCGGUAAAGCUGCCGCCAGCACCGAGAAUGCCCAGAAAGCUUCUUCUCCAACAACGCUGUCGCCGUCUUCGCCUCGAGCUCUGUCCCCUGCCCCAGCCGCUGACCAGACAACAGUAUCGGCAGCAGUAGCAACUGAAGUGCCGCCGGCGGUAGCCGAGCUCAAGAUCAUGUUCCCGGACCUCGACAACGAAACGAUUGGAGCUGUGCUAUCGUCGCGGGGCGGGGACCAAGAGGCCGCGGUCAACGCGCUUCUGCAGAUGUCGGAUCCUAACUUCAAGCCAACCACGACUGAAAGAGGGACAGACUCAGAUGCUCUUCUGGCACAGUCGAUCGCCAUGGAGGAAGAGCACAGACAUCACGAACGUUUGGCUAGGCGACAGCAGCAGCAGCAGCAAUACGGCUCGGGGCGUGGUGGAGGUGGAGCCGGCUCCUUCUUUAGCGGUCUCCUCAACCCUGAUGUUCGAGAGCCCUCUGCAGCAGCCGCACCCUCCUACGAUCCAAAUGCUCUUGCUUACCAGCCGCGAGUCAGGCGAAGCGCACCUGCCAGCACCGGAGCAAGGACGUCCUACGCUCCACCCAACCAUCCUCCCCCGGGAGCUUCACGGUCCUAUGAGGCUGGCGAUAGCGUCAUUCCAGGCAUGCCUGGAGCUAAGGAAGCAAAGCAAUGGCAGGAAGAGAUCAACCGCAUGGCCGAAAGCGGACUAGCAAGGGCCACUUCGACUUUCUCCUCCUUCCGUCAGAAGGCAAGUGCUGCUUUCAACAAUCCACAGGAUGGCAGCGGUCAACCGGGCGCGGUGGGCAGCAGCGGUGGGAACGGUGCCAAUGCUGGCGCUGCUGGUGCUGGUUUCGCUCAAGCCUUUCAGAACUUUAGAAACAGCACAGGCAGAGGAUCCAACCCGACUGAAGCACAGCAGGCGACCACUCCUGCCGCAACUGCAACAUCGCGACAGUUCACUUCGCCGCGCUCGCCGCAUGCCAGUGAGUACGACCAGGACCCGUCUCCUGUGUCGGAAAACGAGCUGGCUAAGAUCAUCUCGCGCGGGGGUGGAGGUAGUGCGGGCUCGUCCAGUCCGUCGACGGCGGGCAAAGCGCGAGCGCUGGCAGAGCGGUAUGGGUUAGGCAUCAAUAAUGCCAACCGUACCGGGUCGGGGUCUGCAGCCAGCGGGGGUGCGGCGGACUAUGCCGGCUGGGAGCAGGCGGGGCGCACGCCGAUUGUGAUCACUGACAACACGGCCAACGUGGGUGCGGGGGAGGGGAAGGACUCGGUCGCGCUGAUGGAUGCGGCGGGCGGGCGCGGGGUGACGAGCCCGCGGGUGGCGAGGAGUCCGGCGAGGCAGCCGUCUCCGGUUAAGGCUGCGGGUGCUGCGGGUGUGGCUGCUGCUGUGGGUGCGGGUGCGGGUGUGGGGGUGGGUGCUGUGGCGCUGGACACGCACGAGGGGCACGAUCUUAACGACGAUUCGGAUGAUCUCGAGUAUGUCAGCAAUCCGUUUGAGGACGAGGAUUGA